CAUUGAGUGGAACUCCUCCAUUUAAAAUACCUACUCGCGGGACUGAUAAACAGUAUUUAUUAAAAUUUAUGCAAGAUACGUGAACAGGGGCAAAAUAAAAUCAUUGAUUAACAAAAUAUUCAGUUAUAUCGAUUAAGAAAUGACUCAAACGGUGGAUAAUUCGUUGGACAAUAUUCUGGUCCAGUUAGGAGAUUUUGGAAAGUAUCAAAAAUUAAUAUUUGUUUUGAUUUGUUUUGCUGUGACCCUGCAUUCCGCUGUUCAUGUGGCUUUUGUAUUUACUGCACUACAAGUAGAUUAUCGAUGUGAAGUUCCUGGAUGCGAUUCAGCUGAUUCCCAAUAUUAUACUCCCUGGUUGAAAGACGCAGUGCCAUUUAGCGAUGGUAAACCAGAAAAAUGUGAUAUGUACGCAUCUUACUCGGAUAAUUCAAACUGCUCCGUUUUUAAUACUGAUAAAACGUUAAGAUGCAGUUCUUUUAUUUACAAGACGGAAGAAAAAAGUAUUUUACAAGAGUAUGAUUUGCACUGCGAUAAUAAUCUGUGGAAGCUAACUUUUGUUGGAACCAUGAACAACAUUGGUCAGUUUUUUGGUUUGUUCAUAUCUGGAAUCAUGUCAGAUAGAUAUGGAAGGAAACAAGUCCUUAUAUGGGGCAUGGUUGCAUGUGCUAUUUGCGGAAUAAUUAGAGCUUUUAUGCCUACUUAUGAACUAUUUCUAGUUUUCGAAUUUUUGGAUGCAGCUUUUGCAGCUGGAACUUAUAUUUGUGGAUUUGUGUUAGGUGUCGAGUUAGUUGGUCCUAAAAAUCGAGUAUUAACCGGUGUUGUCUCAAGUUCCUGUUAUGCAGUUGGUGAAGUAUUCGCUGCUGGUUCUGCAUGGCUUUUACAAUCAUGGAAACCAAUCAUCUUCACAUUGUAUAGCCCAAUAUUCCUACUUCUUACAUAUAUAUGGCUAGUACCUGAAUCAGUGAGGUGGCUUUUGAGCAAGGGAAGAAUUGAUGAAGCCAAAGAAAUCCUACGAAAAGUCGCCAAAACCAACGGCAAAGAGAUCUCAGAAAACUCUUUAGAUAAACUAAGCAUGAUGGCACAAGAAGAAUCUCAAAGAGUCGAGCAUCCAUUUAAAGAAGCACUGAAAUCUACACCACUAAUGUUACGUUUAAUAAACUGCUGUUUUUGCUGGAUAACGUGCACCUUUUUGUUUUACGGAUUAACACUCAAUUCAGUAGCACUGGCUGGAAACAGUUAUCUAGAUUUUAUCCUAACAUCUCUAGUCGAAAUACCCGCUUAUGUUAGCUGCAAUUUUAUGGUGGAUAAAUGGGGCAGAAGGAAAACUUUAUGUUGGUCGUACAUCUUAACUGGAGCCGGUUGUGCUGCAUUUAUUUUUAUACCUGAGGAUUUGGAAUGGGGAAGUUUAGUAGUAUAUUUGCUCGGAAAAUUCGGUGCCACUGCCGCCUUCACCAUUCUCUAUGUACUUACUAGUGAAAUGUUCCCUACCAAUAUGAGACAUUCAUUUAUGGGUACCUGUUCUACUUUCGGAAGAAUUGGGUCAAUGGUCUCACCACAAACUCCUCUUUUAUCCCAAAUCUGGACUCCGUUGCCACUAGUAUGUUUUGCUAGUAUGUCCGUAAUCGCAGGAAUUCUCACCAUGCUGUUUCCUGAAACUCUAAACACCAAACUUCCGGAUACUAUUGAAGAAGCUAUUAAUAUUGGCAAAAACAAGAAUACUGAUAAAGAAAACGCUAUACAUUAAUGUAUGUUUGUGCAAUUUAAAAAUAUUUAACAAAAUAGUUAACUAAGUCUAUCUGUGAUUUAUACAUGUUUAGUAUAACCAUAAUCUCUAAGCGUUUUAGUUAAUUUAUUAUAUUCUAUGUUAGAAUAAAAAUAUAUUUAUUUAAUUAU